UUGUAUUGAGCAGAUGGAGAUUAAUUAGCGGACAUGGUGCAACACGGGGAAGUUGUAACUUGUAUUUUCCGAAGAUAAACACUCGUCCAUGGCAUUAACGCUUUUUUAUUUGAGAUGCAUCUCUGUUUCGUGUGAAUGUGCCCUUUGCCCCUUUAUUAGCGUACUGAACUGCGACAUAGAAAUCCCUAAUAUUUUCCUUGUUGUCUGCUCUCUGUCGCGCGUUCCCUCCAAAUAGCAACCUACGGACGGAUAUAUUCGUUCAUCCGUAUGUUACGGCGUUUUUUUCGGUCACUGCGAGGCGGAUAUAAAAGUUGCUUUAUGUUGCACGAAAGUUGAGUUUGUGAGGAGUUGCAGCUCGUGCAACUGCUAAUGUGCUAACGCACUCGCGAGUCCGCAGACAAGCAGGAUCGAAUCAAUCUCUUAAGUAAAACAACGCAUAAUAUCCUGCUCUACUGACAGUCGUUGUACGGGAUUGCCUGUUUGUGACGCGUAUACGAACGGAUGACCGUUUCUUUUUGCCAGCAUUCAACUCAACCGGCGGUAUGUACAGUACAUGCGCGCGACACUUUUGACAUUUAAUUGUCACGAGAAUAUAUGUUCGUCAUUUGGUAUGCUGUAUGCUGAUAUUCUGUGAUUUAUUGGAGGGGCGUAUACCAUGUUGGAGCUUGCAGCAAAAGCUUUUUGACGGGCAGAUAAUGGGGCUGUCUGGAGUUUGACAAGCAGCUUAUGUAAUGGUGGCGAUUCCCCCGCUCGACAGACCGUCAGCAGUGCAGUAAAAAACAAGAAUAACGACGAUUAUUCAGAGUGCGACGUAAAGUUUAUCUUGCACGCGUCGUCGUUAAGGCGCAUUUAUUUUCAUUUUAUUUUCUUGAUUUGUUUUCGCGUCUCGCGCUGCUGUGACACAAGGUGUCGAAGAAGCAACGCGUCUUUUAAGAUCUUGUCACAUUUACUUAACAACUGUCGUGAACAUGAUCCGAACCAUACACAGCUUUGGAUUAUAGAAAUGCACUUUUCGACAUAAAUCUACUAAAGGAUCAAGAAAUGGAUCGUGGACUGAAACGGGGCAAUAAUGAGGCGGAGAGUUUAACAUUCAGGGAUUGUAUUGAGAGAGGCCUCAUGCCCGAUAUUGAUGUCAAUGUGUCCACUUUAAAUACACAAAGCGAUUUUUCAAAUGGACCUGGUGGUGGUGAUGUUCACAGACAUCUCUCGAUGGCAGAGCCAUCCCCAUUAGGACACGACAUCCAGGAACAAGAUGUUAAGAUAUUUAAACGGUCCAGAAUGCAACACCAGCAAAAUGUAAAAGAGACACUUGGUCUUAGCAUUGGGGAGAACUUUUCUCUCUUGGAUGAGAGCAUUGCGGACUUAAAUCGCAGUUCUGGCCUCCAUGCCUCUGACACUUCCACGCUGAAAAUGGAAGAGUUUUCUCCCAUGGAAAAAGACUUUUCAUCCUUUGGCAACCAGGAUAACGAUAUGGAUGGUAACGAGAGAGUUAUUGCCGACAACACCUUGGAAAUCCUUAAGGAUCUGGAUUUACCUGGCUCCCUAUCAGACCUAAAUGAGUUCUAUGUUGCUGAUGAGACUGCCUUUCUCUCAUCCCUGCAAGUGGAUGAUGCCCUGCUGGAAGAGAGCAACUUGCUGAAGGAGACCAGCCCUGUUGUCACUGGCAACAGUGGGACCUGUACAAAUGUGAACGACAUGGGAAAAUGGCAGCAGAUGGUGGAUCCCAGUGUCAACAUGCCCGUCAUAAAGUCAGAGAAAGACACAGACUGCAUCCAGCUUUGUACACCAGGUGUCAUCAAACAGGAGAAUGAGAGACGGAGCUACUGUCAGAUGUCAGGGGUGGGUGUGUCUCAUUACGGCCCCAAUGCGGUGGGAGAUAUGGGAGCACAGGUAUUCCACUAUGGAGCCAACAUUGCCUCAGCUGUGAAUUUACCAGACCAGAAACCCGUGUUCAGCCUAUUUCCUCCACUACCUGCCUUAAAUGAUGAUUGGGUUCAAGGAAAUGGAUACAGGGAUCUGUUUGAGAUGCAGAGAGCUAAUGAGACAACACUUCCGUCCAGCUUCCCAUACAGCAGCUCUUUGGGACGGCCUGAUGUGAGCAGUUCAAGUUCAUCUGGAUCAGUCAAGCCCAGUGGUACAGCUCACAAGAUCUGUUUGGUGUGCUCUGAUGAGGCCUCAGGAUGUCACUAUGGGGUUCUCACCUGUGGUAGCUGCAAGGUUUUCUUUAAAAGAGCUGUAGAGGGAUGGAGAGCACGACAAAACACAGAUGGGCAACACAACUAUCUGUGUGCCGGUAGGAACGAUUGCAUCAUUGACAAGAUCAGGAGAAAGAACUGCCCGGCCUGUCGCUUCCGCAAGUGUCUUCAGGCCGGCAUGAACCUGGAAGCUCGCAAAAAAAAGAAACUAUUGCGGUUAAAGGGUCCUUUAUUCUCGAGUGAGCAGGAGCCUCCUCUGCCCGACGAGCAUGUGCGCUCACUGGUGCCCAAGGCCAUGCCACAGCUGGUGCCCACCAUGCUGUCCCUGCUCAAAGCCAUCGAGCCCGAGAUAAUUUACGCCGGCUAUGACAGCACCAUCCCCGACACCUCCACCCGCCUCAUGACCACACUCAACCGGCUUGGCGGACGUCAGGUUAUCUCUGCCGUCAAGUGGGCCAAAGCCCUUCCUGGCUUCAGAAACCUGCACCUGGAUGAUCAGAUGACUCUGCUGCAAUGCUCCUGGCUCUUCCUCAUGUCCUUCAGCUUGGGCUGGAGAUCUUACCAGCAGUGUGAUGGAGGAAUGCUGUGUUUCGCUCCAGAUCUCGUCAUCAAUGAGGAACGGAUGAAGCUACCCUACAUGAGUGAGCAGUGUGACCAGAUGCUGAAAAUAGCCAAUGAGCUGGUCAGACUGCAGGUGUCAUAUGACGAGUAUCUCUGCAUGAAAGUGCUCCUGCUUCUCAGCACAGUACCAAAGGAUGGACUCAAAAGCCAGGCAGUGUUUGAUGAAAUCCGCAUGUCAUACAUCAAGGAGUUGGGUAAAGCCAUCGUGAAACGAGAAGAGAACUCCAGUCAGAACUGGCAGAGGUUUUACCAGCUCACUAAACUUUUGGACUCCAUGCAGGAGAUGGUGGAGGGGCUCCUCAACUUCUGUUUCUACACGUUUGUGAAUAAAUCCUUGAGUGUGGAAUUCCCAGAGAUGUUGGCAGAGAUCAUCAGCCAUCAGCUACCAAAAUUUAAGGAUGGGAGCGUCAAGCCACUUCUAUUUCAUCAGAAAUGACUGCCUAAGAAAGCAACAAUGCCUUAAUGCCACCCUUUCUCUACCAGCGAUAGUCCAACCUUCUGAUGAAGGACGUCACGUUCAACCCUUUACCCAAAUCAUGUUACAAUACUUCAUGCCUUCGUGUUCACUUGGUGAAAAAUUUACUUUGAAAAAGACACUUUUUAUUGAUAUUUUCUCUUUUUUUGCUAGUACACUGCUGAAAUGUUUACAAAGGUAUAUAAAAAAAAAGGGAAAAUGUGCCUUUUUUGUGCUUUGCCUUGACAUGCGCCAUUUUUCAGGCUAAUGCAGUGGUUUGGCAUAAAUGCUAUUGUUUUGUUAUCUCACAUUGUUCAUCUCUUAUUUUGCUUCCAUACAAAGCAACUGUGAUGGUUCUGUGUAGUUGGCAGCUUAAGGGGCCGUUCACACCAAAUGUAUUUUUACGUCCAUCUGUGCUGUUUUUUUAUGUAGACAUGCUAGAUAGACGUAUUUGACCAUUGUUUUUUCAGUGUCUUCUGUGAGAGCGCACUAAACCUUAAAAAAAACUUGAGACACCUAUAUUCUGUUCCAAUCAUUGUGCGGUGUCUUAACUUUUUUCAACGCAAGAACACAUUCAGUGUAAACGGUCCUUAACACUGCAUCCUAACCAGAUACGACAAACUGAAAAAUUGAUAAAUGCUAUCUCAUUCAGUUUUUGCCUUAACCAGCUGUGACCACGACAGGAGCGACAGGACAAUUUGUCGAUCUUUUAUUUUCUAUUUCUUCGACAUAGCGCCACUUAGCCCCGCCUAUUGUGGAAUCUCAUUGGUCCAUAACCUUUCUUCACAUAACUGUACAUUAAUCAUAAAAUUUGUGGACAGAUUGUUUGUCGCCUUACGCCAUUUUACUAAGCCUCAUGGAAGCUCCAAAUCGUAAAACAGUUUUAUACGCAGUGACAUCGAAAUGCCAUAUAAUUCAAUUCAAAUAUAAAACCUUUCCAUGCAUGAUACUACCAGCAAGUACUAAGUUGUCUUUGCAUUUUCUUUGUUUUAAAAAGCAAUUUUCUGUUCAUAUUAAUAUGCAGAGACAACAUAAGCCAGUCAUUGCUUGAUUCCUUUGAAAAGAAAAACAUUGUGGCUCUGUGGCGCUAUCAAAACAGUAUAAAACAUUUGAGCAUCCCAACCACCCCGAAACAGCAAAAUUGGACUAUGUUUGAAAACAGCCAUUAUUUUUGUAGAAAUAAUGACUUGUAGUAAAAAAAAUUCAUUAUUUCAGUUUGUCGAUGCAAAUGCCGCAGAAAGUACACACUUUGCCUUUAACUGAAAUUUCAAUAUAUACUAUUGAAAUAACGUAAUUAUUAAAACGUUUCUUUUGUUUGUUGAUUAUUUGCUCAGGUUUACUUGUGAACGGUCAGUAGAUCUCCAUUCAUUGGCUUUCGCAUUGAAUUAGACUCAAUUCAGAAAGCUGAUGGUCAUUCCUGCAAUCAAGGAAUGAAUUCAGGGUUAAUUCAUCAGAUUUCUAUCCAUCCAAUAUGGUCAGGUGUAGAUUGGUCGUCCAGCGUUCAUGCUUUGCAGAAUCCCCCCAUUUCCCCUCUGAUCAACCGCCCUGACGAUUUUUUCAGUGUGUUGUUAUUUUUAGUUAUAAAUUAUUUUUUUUUAAAUACAAAUAUAUAUAUAUUAUUUUAAGUUACAGAAUAAUCUUCACAUAUGCUAAAUCUGGUCAUCCAUAAGAGGCAUGUCAGUUUUUGACCCACUUUUCUUAGUUUCUGCCUUACAUGUAUCCCAGUGGUGCCAAACCACAAAUGCUCUCUUUUGUAGUAUCAUCCAAAACUAAAUUAACAUUUGUUUUUCUGUCUGCUACUAUUUAAUAAGACAUAAAUUCCAAAUUAAGUUUGGAAUGAUGUGAGUAAAUAAUGACAGAAUUUUCAUUUUUGGGUGAAGUAUUCCUUUUAAAGUACUCACUCAUUAGGAUUGCCAGAUGUCCCAUUUUGGAUGAGAUAUCCCGUAUUUUGGAUGACGUCCUAUACACAAGGGGACGUUCCAUUCAAGGGAAACCCCCCACUUCCCCACAGUCGUAUAGGAAAAUGGCCCAUAUUGAAGUGACAAAAUGAAAACGUUCAGAGGAAGUGAUAUCCCUAUGACUUAUUAGGGUUGCCAACGGUCCCAUAUUUUUGCUGAAAUAAAAAUGUAAUUUAUGGAAUGGGGAUAGUAUUGUCCCAUAUUUAAGUGGCAAAAUGUUUCAUGUGGACCCCCUGCCUGUUUGGAUGGUGAAACACUUGAGGGGACUUCAAACAUUCCAUAUUGAAGCAGCAAAAUAAAAUCCUCAAGGAGGAACACGCCAGGUGGACGGCUAAACACUUAAGGGAGACAGAGCCCCACCAACCCCCACCCCUCACUCGUUUUCUGACAGCGAAACAUCCCAAAUUGAAGCCCUCAAAAUGCGUCUUGUAUUCGUUUUGUGAACAAUUGGCAUCCCUGUCACUUAUUUCCCAUAUGGGUUGGAUAUUGUUGUGUAUUUAAAUGGUGAAAUGUCCAAGGACGACCCCCACCCUAGACGGAUGGCGAACCGUUUGAGGAGGACCUCCUUGGUCGGACAGUGAAACGUCCCACAUUGAAGCAUUCAAAUGCUCAAGUGUCGAAUAUUCGCUUGGUGAAAAGUUGGCAACACUAUCACAACCUUCUAAUCGGAGUUUCAUUCUUAUAAGCUUUAAUUAACUUGGAUGGAUGGAUGUACAACUAAGAUUGGUCAUUUGACAAGAUUCGGUGUGCCAUUGAGACACUUUGAUCCUGUUUGGCCUUUUACAGUAUUAAAAAUUACGUGAGCAUUGGGUUUCUCAUGCUUGGGUUAAUAUUGUUAGACCCGGCCAAGGUUAAUUCCCAGUUACACUGUUGGUUGUCAUCAGCUGGCGUCUCGCCAUGGCCUGUAUUUGUUACCUGCAUUGCUGUAAUACAGUCCUAUGUUCGAAAAGAAAGUGCUUUUGGUUUUUACAUGUGUACGAGCCCAUUGUUUGUAAAACACUUGUUUACAAUCCCUUCAUUUAUUCAACAUGAAAUUAAAAUAUAUACACAGUACAUAUCCCAUUCCCUCCCAGCGGAUAGCUCAAAUAUUUAACAAGACUAUUUUUCACUAGAUAUUUUUCUAAUUGUUUCACAGUAUGCCUUGCAAAGGGAGACCGUGAGCCAUAUAAUGUUUAUUGUGUAAAUUUAGGAGAACACUGAAAAUAGUCUAGAAAAUAUUUUUUCUUUUUGAAAAUCAUUGAUCAUUUGACAUCGAAACUAAAUGCAAUUACGCAAAUGCUCUUUGAUAUAUAAAUAAUUUUUACAAUUAAUAAAUAAAUAAUAAUACUUAAAAAAACAAGUUUUAUUGUUAUCUCUUGUCAAGAAAUGUAUUGCAAAUGCACUUUUGAAAAAUGUAUGUAAUGUAUGUAAUUCUAUAUAAAUCGAUAGGGAAAGAUGAAUCAUUUUAAAGAAUGAAAACUUAAGGUUAUAAUUUUGUGCAUGUAUGAGUGAAGUUGAGUAUAGUUUGUAUAGUGCAACAACAGAGUGACCAAAGCAACACAGAUUUUAAACCUAUUUAAAGAAGUUACAUUUUACAGUAGAGUUUACUACCCAACCCUAGUACAUUAUUUUAUCCUUUUCUAUUUCUUUUAUAGAAAUGUAGGCUUUGGUCUCAUGUAUAAUACUGUAAAAUGAUCUAGUCUUUACAAAAAACAGAUAGAUAAAAAAAAAAAAUACAUCUGUGUUUAUAAAUAAUGUAUCAAAACCUGAGAUUUUGCACUACUCUAAUACUGACCUGACAUAGUCUAUUUUGUACAAAAUUCAUGCAAGUACUAUCUUUAAAGAUAAAGGGCAAAUCAUGUUUCACUGGUAUAUGGCUUUCAUUAAAGUCUUUUUUCAUUUUCUUUUUUUUUGCAUUUUAGUUAUAUGUAAUCCAAUGUAUAAAGGAUACACAGUGUCUAUUUGUUGAAAACAAUUGUUUUGUAUGAAUUCUGUAUUACACCUCUCCUGUAGUCAAUGUUGAUCUUUACACCAAUUUGAUUAAAUGUUGAAUAAAAGUUGUUUGGAGGGGG